AUGGCCAAAGUCGCUCCAUCAGACCCGUCCGCCGUCUCCAGGUUAACUCCGCCCACCAUCGUCCUGCAGGACAUGGAGGAGGGGACGGGUGAAGACAGGGCGGGGGACAGAGCCGAUCGGAGAGCCGGACCCGGAGUUCUGUUCAACGUCAACAACAGCAACAACAACGAGGACGAAGAGGAGAAGAAGAAAAAGAAGAAAGAGAAGAAAGAGAGAAAAGAGAAGAAGGAGAAGGAAAAACAGGAGAAAAAGGAGAGGAAGGAGAAAAAGCAGAAGAAGAAAGAGGAGAAGGAGAAGGAAAAAGAAAAGGAGAAGGAAAAGGAGAAAGAGAAAAAAGAGGAGCCUCCGAAGGAGAUCACAGUGAUUGAUCCGGCAGGUAACACUUAUUAUCACUGGCUGGCCAUCAUCACCAUCCCCGUCAUGUACAACUGGACCCUCAUCAUCGCCAGGGCGUGUUUCGAGGAGCUUCAGUCAGACUAUUUGAUUUUCUGGUUCUUCAUGGACUUUAUCUCUGACUUAAUCUACGUCGCUGACAUGCUCUUCAGAACCAGGACCGGUUACCUGGAGCAGGGCCUGCUGGUGAAGGACGAGCAGAAGCUGCGUGAGCGCUACAAGAACAGCUUCCAGUUCAAACUGGAUCUGGUCUCCAUGAUUCCCACCGAUUUUCUCUACUUUGUCUUUGGCCUCAAAUACCCCGAAAUCCGCCUCAACAAGCUCUUCAGGUUCAACAGGAUGCUGGAGUUCUUCCAGAGGACGGAGACGAGGACAAACUACCCCAACGCUCUGCGGAUCUCCAACCUGGUCAUGUACAUCGUCAUCAUCAUCCACUGGAACGCCUGCCUCUACUACUCCUUCUCCAAGGCCAUCGGUUUCGGAGCAGACAGGUUCGUGUACCCCGACCCGUCAAACCCAGAGUUCGGUCGCCUGGUGAGGAAGUACGCCUACAGUAUGUACUGGUCCACGCUGACGCUCACCACCAUCGGAGAGACGCCGCCCCCCGUGGAGAACUCCGAGUACUUCUUCGUCGUCACUGACUUCCUGGUGGGUGUGUUGAUUUUCGCCACCAUCGUCGGUAACGUCGGCUCGAUGAUCACCAACAUGAACGCCGCCAGAGCCAGCUUCCAGGCUCGCAUCGACGCCAUCAAACAGUACAUGAGCUUCCGAAAGGUGACCAAAGACCUGGAGAAGCGAGUCAUCAAGUGGUUCGACUUCCUGUGGACCAAUAAGAAAGCGGUGGACGAGAGGGAGGUGCUGAAGUUCCUGCCCGACAAACUGAGAGCCGAGAUCGCCAUCAACGUCCACCUGGACACGCUCAAGAAGGUCCGUAUCUUUGCGGACUGCGAGGCCGGCCUGCUGGUGGAGCUGGUGCUGAAGCUGCAGCCGCAGGUCUACAGUCCGGGAGACUACAUCUGCAAGAAGGGCGACAUCGGCAGAGAGAUGUACAUCAUCAAGGAGGGAAAACUCGCCGUCGUCGCCGACGACGGGAUCAAGCAAUUUGUCGUCCUGAGCGACGGGAGCUACUUUGGCGAGAUCAGCAUCCUGGCUAUCAAAGGCAGUAAGGCGGGAAACAGGCGGACCGCCAACAUCAGGAGCAUCGGAUACUCGGACCUCUUCUGUCUGUCCAAAGACGACCUGAUGGAGGCGCUGACCGAGUACCCCGACGCCAAAGCUCUGCUGGAGGAGAAGGGACGGCAGAUCCUGAUGAAGGACGGACUGCUGGACCUGGAG